AUGCUUCGCCGAAUAAAAGAGCAAGUCUCCCAGGUUGCUAAUGAGGUAUUUGAAUUCUCACCUGUCGGCUCAUUUCUUCAAAUUUCCAGCUUGAUGGCAGAUUGAGCGCACGGGCCAGCAGUCAGGACUCUCCACAGCCACCACAACCGCCACAAAAGUCGGAAAAUGAGCGGGAAAUCGAGGGAUUCUGGUGCCCGAUGUGCAUGACAGAGCUCGGCGGCCCCGAAGAGCUCACCGUCCAUUUCGAGCAGAAACAUGCAGAUGUAACGUUCUUUUUCUAGAAUUUUCCAUAAAUUUCGCAUCCCCUCGAGUAGUUUCAGACAUCCGCCAAUCGGAAUCAUCCCGAGUACCGGCCUCCGCAGUCGUCAACGAUCACAUUUGCGACGAAAGACGAGGAGAUUGAAGAGUUGCGCAUCCGAGUCAGCGAGGAGAAGCGAUUCGCGGAGAGAAUCAAAGAAGAGCUCGACAAUAUCAAAGAAGUGAUGGCGAAGGCGUCAGAUGUGACGGGAGACGAAGUGCCGUACAUGGCACAGCAGAUUCAAGUGCUAACCGCCGACAAAGGGAUGGUGACGCGGCAGUUUCUUGAGCUGGAGAAGGAGAGCGGACAGCAGACGAGAGAGCUUCAGCAGGUGAAGCAGGAGCGCAACGAUUUGAUGGGCAAACUGAAGCAGAUGAGUGUCAAGAUGAGGGAAAUGACCGACGAGACCGAGAGCACGAAGGUCGAGCUGGAGGAUUUGAAAAGAGAGCUGAAAGUUGUGAAAUCCGACGUUUCGAAGUACGAGGUCGAGGUGACACGUCUCGAGAAGAUGCUUGAUCAGCGACCUUCGGAAGACGACGUCAACGUUCUCAGAACAGAGCUGGUCAACGCCCAGAAGCUCAUGGACGCCAUCUCCCAAGAUAAGGACGUGGACAUCAAUGAGCAUCUGAAUUCCAUUCGAAAUCUGAGCAUGGAACGCGAAAAGCAACACCACAUUAUGGAGAACAUGGAGAAGAAGAUCGCCGAGUGCGAGGAGACUGUGAAGCAGCUGCAAGUGGCGAACGAAGCGCAGUCGGAGCAGCUGAGGGAGCGCAACGAGCGGGUCGCUCAGUUGGAGGCCAGGAUCGAGGAGAACGUGACGGAGUUGGUCGAGACGAGACAGAACGUGAAGCGCUUCGAGGAGCUCGUCAAAAAGUCGGAGAGCGCACUGACGGAGCUCGCUUCUAUAAACGGUUCCAACGAGCAGCAGAUGAUCAGUUUGAGCGCCAAAGUCGAACAGGUAUGUUUACGGCGAGGAAAUUUGAUGCUUUACGGCAGACAUAAACAAAAAGGCGUUGAAUUGCAGAAUGCAAACGAGAGACAGCGAUUGGAGGCGGCAUUCGAGGAGAAGGUGGCCGUGCAGGCGGAGAGACUGAAAACGCUGGAAACGGCGAAUCUCGACCUGACGAAUGAGCUCUCGUCGAUGGGGUCUUUACUGGAUCGGGAACGGACUCUUACCGUGGAGAAGAAUGGAGAGAUAUCGGAAAGGGAUCAGACGAUCAACGAGUUGAAAGAGAAACUGGCGGAGAGUGAGCGGAAGAGCGGAAAGUACAGUAAUGAGCUGAAAGAACGGACGGAAAUCGUCGAAAAUCUGACCUCACAGCUCAAAAAUCUGCAGGACAACUCGAAAGAUCUGAUGGAAAAAAUAUCAGCUGGAGAAGGCGGUGCAAAGAUGGCAAUUGAGCAGUUGGAGCAGGAGAAGGUGAAGCUCACAACCGAGCUCACGACGUCUUCGGAAAAAAGCAAAAAGGCGACGGAGCAAUUGGAAACGCAGAUUUCGGAGCUGGAGAAGAAGUUGCGUGAGGCAGAAGCUUCGAUAACGGACAAAGAGCAGAAGUGGAAGCAGGAGAAGGAGGAGUUUGUGCGGAAUUUGACGGAAGCGGAGGCUGAGGUGAGAAGGAAAGGCGAGCGUUUUGUGGAGAUGGAGAAGGAGAUGGAGGAGGAACGGCAGAAAGCGACGGACCGAACGAUGAAGUUGAAGGAGGCGAUUGUGGAGUCGGAGAAGAAUCUGGAGGCGAUCAAGAAAGAGAGCGAGGAGAAGGAGAAGGUGGUCAGAGAGAAAGACGCGCAUCUGGAGGACAACAGAAAGAUUAUCGAGGACUCGAUUCAGAAAUUAGGAGAAGCUGAAAAGCGCGCGAGGGAACUGGAAUCAACGGUUUCCGGCCGGGACACGGAGGUCACUUCGAAGGAUCGAGAACUGGAAGAGCUAAGGUCGAAGCUCGCGGAGUCGGACGCCUUUAUAGAACAGCUGAAAGUGCAGGUAGAGAAGGUCAGCCUGCGAAUAGAGUCCUUUGCCAAUGUAUGUGCUCACCCGAUUGUUCAGUCUGUUAACAGCACUCCUAUCUUCACUAGCCCCUUUUCAGUGUGCUCCAAUCCUGUCACUCCUCAAUCUAUCGCCCUAGUGCCCCCUAGGUUCCCCGCCGAUUAACGUCCGAAAUGACUGGCUUCCGCUAACCCCGUUUCCCUGUUCGCGUCGCAGAUCACUCAGUCUGUCUGCCUGUUUAGUAUGUGAUUCAGGUGAGCAACGAAUUGACCGAAAAGCAGCAAGAGGUGGAGGCGCUGACGACGGAGAUCCGGGAGAAGGAAGCGCAUUGGAAGACGAAGCGCGAUGAGUUCGAGGCGCAAAUGCUGCGGAAUCAGGAGGAGAACGAGGAAGCGGCCAACACUUUGAAGACGGCGCAGGAGGAGCUGGCGAGGGAAAAAGAGUCGGCGGCGGAAGAGAGAAAUCAGCUGAACUCGGUGAAAUCGCUGUUGGAAGAGACAAAAGCGGAAGCGGAGACCCUCCGGCAAUCAGAAGAACAGAAGGCGCAGGAGAUUUCAAGAUUAACCGCCUCGAUUUCCGAUCUGGUAAGCCUUCGAUUCCCCGCGUACAGACUGUUCUCAUCCUCCGCUUGUGCCUGAAUUGCAGAAAUUGGAGCACGGCGAAGUGAACGUGACCGCCGAAACGCUUCGGACCGAAUCGGACAAACUGAGAGCCGAGGUGCAGAGAUUGGAGGAGACGCUGAGGGAAACGAACGAGAAAAGUGCUGAGGACGUGGAGAGAUUGGAAAGAGAGAAGACGAAGGCGGAGAGGGAGAUGGAGGAGAGAGAAUCCACGAUUCAGGCGAUUCAGGAAGCGUUGGAGACCAAGGAUAAUGUGAGCGAAUAGAAGAUUUAGAAAUGAAAUGAUGAUAAUCUGUUUUUAGGAGAUUGAGACAUUGAAGACGAACCAUCGAGUAGUGGAAGAAGAACUCAUUUCGAAGAUCUCACUGAUCGAGUCAUUCAACUCAAGAAUCGAAGAAUUCGAGAAGGAAAUGGCCUGCGGAAAGAGAACGAUCGAAAAGUUAGAGGCGGAGAAAGCGGAAGAAGUAGAGAAGUUGGUGUUAGUGAGCGGAACACAGAGCCAGAGGCAGGAGGAAGUCCAAAAGUUGCGGAAGGAUCUGGAAGAAAAGGAAGCAGUCAUCGAACGGAUGACUUCGAGCAAGGCCCAGUUCGAAAUCAUGUUCGCGGAUGUGCAGUCGAGUCUUUCCAAGGAAGUGGCCGAGAAGGCGACAGAAAUCGAGCAUCUCAUGGAGAGAAUCGACAGUCUGGAGUCGUUCAAUCAUCAGAGGGUCGCAGAGCUCGAGGGCAGACUCACGCAGAGGGAACGGCUCGUCGACUCGCUCGAAGCGGAUUUGGUGGCUCUCCGGGAUGCGGAAAAGGAGAAGAGUGACGAGCAGAAGCGGAUGAAAGAGGAGUACGAUGGUAGGAGUUGCGACGGUCUUCGGAAAUGUAUUACCUUUCCAUUUUGCAGAGCUCAAGAAGGCAGAAUCGAUGUGGCAGGCGGAGAAGGAUGUGCUCAUCGAGAGAUGUCUGGGAACUGAGAGUGAUAUCGAGUACGAGAAGGAAAGAGCUCAGGAGAACAAGCGAAGGUUCGACGAGGCGCUUUCCGCGAUGCACGAACUCGGAAGAGCCAAUCAGUCCCUUCAAGUUGGUCGAAAACGAGAGGCUUUCAGAAGCCAGCUUCCUUUUUUUCAGAUUGACGCGGACCGCCACAACUCGCGCAAGUGGCUCGACGACUCAGAGGCGAUCAACUGCACCGAGUGCGGAAAACUCUUCUCGCUGACGAUCCGCAAGCACCAUUGUCGCGUGUGCGGAAAGAUCUACUGCAAUCCGUGCAGCUCGAAAUCGGUGCGAAUCGCCAGCGCCAAGCACCCGGUCCGAGCGUGCAAUCACUGUUUUGCCGAGUCGCAAAACUGA